CUUCACUGCCGCUGAUGCCAGUCAAAGAAUUUUUAAGUUCGAGAGAUGGAGAAGGAUGAUCUGGAAGUUCUUGCAAUGUACAAUGAGGAGCAUCCAAGGUCUAUCUUCUACCACUUGAAGACCGCAUAUCUCAUCACACGGAGUGACAUAAAGACGACGAUAUAUCCUGCGACCAUCUUUGCGUUCUCAAGUGCUCUUUCCGGUGACCUCCUCACCACGAACUCGACACCAAACAUAGUUACGCUCCUGCUGCGACUUCCAAGUGUCUUGCUGUGGACAUGGUCGAAUCUCUGGAUCUUUAAUUUGGCGAAUCAGCGUCUCCCAAACUCAGUUCUCGAAGACUCGAUAAACAAACCUUGGAGGGCGAUCCCCUCCGGACGAAUUACAUCUACACAAGCGCGACACCUUCUACUAGUCUCGAUUCCGGUCGUGUGUUUGUCAUCGUUAUAUAUUGGUGGUCGAGAAGCCAGCGCCGCGUUGAUGAUAUUGACUUGGGUGUACAACGACCUAGGUGCUGGUGACGAGAACUUCUUUGUACGGCACAUUAACAACGCUCUUGGAUUUGUGUCGUUUGGUGCCGGAGCGAGCCAAGUUGCUUGUGGCUAUCCUGACCACACCCUUAAUCAGGAUGCGUACUGGUGGCUGGGGGUCAUCGCAGCAGUUAUCACUUGCACAAUUCAGUUUCAAGACAUGGAAGACCAGGAAGGAGAUCGCUUGCGAAACAGAAAGACGUUACCGAUUGUUUGUGGGGAUGACUCAACAAGAUGGGGGAGUGCGGCGGUCAUCCUUCUUUUCUCCCUGUUAGUGCCUGCCUUUUGGCGCAUGGGAACAGUUGGGUACUGCUUGCCAGCGCUUCUAGGUGCUGUCAUUGCGGGACGUACUCUCUUCUUGAAGACUUUGGCUUCUGAUAAGCAGACGUUUAGAUUGUGGUGCCUUUGGCUGACUACCCUUUAUUGUUUGCCUGUUGUUAAGCACCAGAAUGCGUCGCUAUGAUUUUACGCUUUUCAUUGGCGCUGUAUGUUUGUAUGAUACCCUGCACAUAUUUCCUUGAUAGUUCAUAUUCAUGCAAACAAAUUUCAACACUUCAAUUGGAUUCCAG